GCCAUGUUCACGGGCGGCAUGAGGGAGGCGAACCAGGACGUCAUUGAACUGAAGGGAGUGUCGGCCCGUGGCCUGCGGCACAUCAUUGACUUCGCUUACAGCGCUGAGGUGACCCUGGACCUUGACUGUGUGCAGGACGUGCUGGGUGCAGCUGUGUUCCUUCAGAUGCUGCCUGUGGUGGAGCUGUGCGAGGAGUUCCUCAAGGCGGCCAUGAGUGUGGAGACCUGCCUCAACAUUGGCCAGAUGGCCACGACCUUCAGCCUGGCCUCACUCCGGGAGUCUGUGGAUGCCUUCACCUUCCGGCACUUCCUGCAGAUCGCCCAGGAGGAGGACUUUCUGCGCCUGCCACUGGAGCGUCUCGUCUUCUUCCUGCAGAGCAACCGGCUGCAGAGCUGCACCGAGAUCGACCUGUUCCGUGCCGCAGUCCGCUGGCUGCAGCAUGACCCGGCGCGGCGGCCCCGUGCCAGCCACGUGCUCUGCCACAUCCGCUUCCCGCUCAUGCAGUCAUCGGAGCUGGUGGACAGCGUACAGACGCUGGACAUCAUGGUGGAGGAUGUGCUCUGCCGCCAGUAUCUGCUGGAGGCCUUCAACUACCAGGUGCUGCCCUUCCGGCAGCACGAGAUGCAGUCACCACGCACUGCUGUGCGCUCGGAUGUGCCCUCGCUGGUCACCUUCGGUGGCACACCCUACACUGACAGUGACCGCUCUGUCAGCAGCAAGGUGUACUACCUGCCCGAGCCAGGCGCCCGCCACUUCCGUGAGCUCACAGAGAUGGAGGUGGGCUGCAGCCACACAUGCGUGGCUGUGCUUGACAACUUCGUGUAUGUGGCCGGGGGCCAGCACCUGCAGUACCGCAGCGGGGAGGGCGCAGUGGAUGCCUGCUACCGUUAUGACCCGCACCUGAACCGCUGGCUGCGCCUACAGGCCAUGCAGGAGAGCCGCAUCCAGUUCCAGCUAAAUGUGCUGUGUGGCAUGGUGUACGCCACAGGCGGCCGCAACCGGGCCGGCAGCUUGGCCUCCGUUGAGCGCUACUGUCCCCGGCGGAACGAGUGGGGCUACGCCUGCUCACUGAAGCGCCGCACAUGGGGCCAUGCUGGCGCCUCCUCAGGGGACCGCCUUUACAUCUCAGGCGGCUACGGUAUCUCGGUGGAGGACAAGAAGGCACUGCACUGCUACGACCCCGUGGCUGACCAGUGGGAGUUCAAAGCUCCCAUGAGUGAGCCCCGUGUGCUGCAUGCCAUGGUGGGUGCAGGCGGCCGCAUCUACGCCCUGGGCGGCCGCAUGGACCACGUGGACCACUGCUUCGAUGUGCUGGCUGUCGAGUACUAUGUACCCGAGACGGACCAGUGGACCAGCGUCAGCCCCAUGCGGGCCGGUCAGUCGGAGGCUGGCUGCUGUCUGCUGGAAAGGAAGAUCUACAUUGUCGGGGGCUACAACUGGCGCCUCAACAACGUCACAGGCAUUGUGCAGGUGUACAACACAGAGACAGAUGAGUGGGAGCGAGACCUGCACUUCCCAGAGUCCUUCGCGGGCAUCGCCUGCGCCCCUGUCCUGCUGCCCCGGGCUGGGAUCAGGAGGUAGCUCCUGGGAUCCCUAGGACCCCAACUGCAUGCUGUCUCCAAGCAGGGCUUGGUGAGCGCAUGUCCGGGCUGAGAGCCACGGCCCC